CAUGUUAGGCAGGAGACCAUAUUUGGGAAGGAGCAGAUAGGAAAUAAGAGAACAAAUGCUUGCCAAACAAGUAGUCAUUAAGAGACAAGAAAUUCCCCUUGGAUGGAGUUUGGAGGCAGCUGAUUUUACAAAUAAGGUAUAAUAAGAUGUCUUUACUUAGCUUUUACAAAGGAAGCCAUAGAAUCGAUUGGGUAACAAUGGACCAGAUGAGAGCACUUCUUCAUCUCGAAUAACCAAAGAGCCAACAACUACUAAUACACCGAGAUCGGCUAAGUUAGCUCUAAAACUUAAAAAUUGA